GAGCAACGCCCUCUACUGGCUAAAGCAAACACCGUCCAACCUGUCUUCAGCUUAAACAAACAUAUUUUUUAAUAAAGUUUAACGAAAUGGCGGCUGCAAUAUCUCAGCAUUUCGAAGCUUUUAAAGCAAGGCUUGAUAAAGUUUUACACGAGAAGAAUAAGCUGAACGAUUAUUUGGAGAUCAUUGAAAAAAAAACUGGUGUUAGGAGGCUCUAUGUCGCGCUUGGUAAGAAGACUUCAUUUCAUUUAUCAUUUAGUUUUAGAAUUUUAUUAGCAUCUCUCACCUUCCUUACUCGAGUACUGAAGACUGCACUAUCUUGUCUUACUAGUAACUCAGGUGAUGCACUCACACUACUCAUUCCGACUCCAUGUCUGUGCUCAGACCUUAGUUAGUAUUUAUUGUUAGUAAAUCAUUCUCACCGCCGUUCCGCAGAACGAAAUAGUUUUGGCACAAAAUUACAUCAGCAUAAUGAUUAAUGAUCAUUUUCAUAUUCAUACUCAAACUAUCAAAAAUACUGUCAUGUCAUACAGUAUGAUUAUGAUACAGCACAAAAGGAAACAUUAAUAAUUCAAUGGCCAAUAUUGAUAGUGAUAGGUGGUAAUGUUUACUAAAUUUGUUAAAACAAGUACAAGGUUAGUGAUCACUAACUAAGAAUACUGUAAAUAUUUUUUUUUGCUGGCAUCCGUCUCUCACAAUGCGACGAUGGUGUGGGCUUCGGAGGACGAAAUCCACAAGGCCUGGGAUUAUUCUGGGCUCUGGCUGGAAUUGAACUCCAGACCACCAACUUGAGAUUUGCUCUAAAUAUUACUUUGCUGUAUCUAGCGAUACAUUGUGCAUUGUGAAAGUGUAAAGCAACUAUAUGAUGAUGCCAUAAGAAGACUGGUGGUGUUAUUUUAUAGAUUAUAGCCUUUAAAAAUAUUUUGACACCUCCCCCUUACCCCUCCCAUGCACACUUCCAAGUUAACACCACCCCCUUCCCCCUCUCACGUAAGGCGUAUGUAAUAUUAUUAUAAUUAAGAAUCCAUCCAUCCCUGUGGCGCUACAGCCCAUGUAGGCAAUGUAGGGCUUUAGCCUGCCUCACUACUUCCUCCCACUCAGUCCUAACUAAGGCUUUUCUUUUCCAUGCUUGGAUUCCCAGUUGUUAUAGAUCUUUUUCCACAUCAUCCAUCCAUCUAAGCUAAGCCUAGUUCUGCCUUUGAGCCGUUUUCCUCUGGGUUUUGGUGAUGCACCCACUUCACUCCUCUGUCAUUUGGCAUUCUCUCUGUGUCCUACCCAGCCUAGCCUGCCCUUUUUUUUUAUUUCUGCUACUAUCGUGGGAUCCUGAUAUAGACUGUACAAUUCAUUGUUGGUUCAUAUUCUCCAUCCAUAUUCAUACUUUGUUGGUCUAGAGUCUAUCUGUUUAUUUCAAACACACUGGGGGAAGAGGGAAGGGUGCUGGGGUAAUGUCAAGUAUCACUGUCAUAGUUUAGGCUUGAAAAGAGAAGACAGGACAAUUAAACUGACAUUUCAGCAAGAUGCCUUCUUCAGCAGAUAAUACAAAAAAAGAAACAAGAGAUACUUUAAAUUGAAAUUCUGUGAUGCGUAUUAUCAAGGUAACAUUUAAAAAAAAAUUCAAGUAUUAUUAAUGUAAAAUUUUAAACACCAAAAAUUGAGAGUAGAAAUGGAGGUAAAUUAGGAUAACUAGUAAGAGCAUUUGAUUUAUUUCAUAUGGUGAUAUGGGCAGAAAAUCUGAAUUAAUUUGUUUUCAUUCUUCACUCCUGCUGGUGUAUUAGUUGUGAUAGAUACAUCGGAUCAUGUCGGAUGUGCCCCUGUGUUAACCUCCGUUGAAAUGGGCUGAGACCUGGGAUGGCUUGUUUUGUUCAAUAUCCCAAAUAUGUUUACUGAACCUAUCAGUUAGCCUUCUUCCUGUCUCAACUAUAUAAUAGGAGUGGCAUCUUCGACAAUCAAUCACAUAAAUCACAUUUUGACUAAUACAUGUAAAGUCCUCUUUAAUGCUAAAGGUCCCCUUAGGGAAGCCAAUGUGUUUAUUUUUCCAGUUCAUAGGGCAGUUCUUUCCAAUGCCUGGCCCAUGGGGCCCACAGACUUGUUGUAAAUGGCUCACCAGAGCUAAGACAUUUUUUACCAUUUGUGUAAAAAAAACAGGUUUAGAUGUAAAAAAUCGUAUAACAUUCAGUGAUUCAGUAUUGCUGGAAAUCACAUAGAGCACAUGAGAAGUGAUGGCAUUCAAAAAAAGAAAGGGUGUGGUGAAAAGAGAGGGAUGCUUGACAGGUAGCAGUAAUUUAUAUUAAGGCUAUCAGAAGAUCAACAAUGUGGGAAAUAUGUGGUGACAUGCAAUCAGAUACUAACUACAUCUCAUUUCUGCUGCUUUGACCUGCCUAAAAGAAAGAUGAAUUUGGAAACUUAAACUAUUGUAAAUUGAUGUGUAGCUAGCUGGUCAUCCUAAGAAUGUCCAUUCACACCAAUGGGACUGGUUUAAAUGAAUUAUAUAUGUAAGCACCACAUGUUAAAACGACAGUGCUUCAUGGGAUGAUAAUAAUAAAACAAGAGUUAAUAAGAUGAUAUCUGGGGCAUUAAAGGUGUUGCAUAUGACUGGAGGGGAAUGUGGCCAGUUGAAACAAACUAGGCAAUCUGUCCAGGUGGGGCAGGACGACCAUCCUGUAUUUUUUGGACGAAAUCAGACUAGUUACUGGUUUUCAUUUAUCAGAGUCUGAUCAAUUCCAGGAGUAGCAAGCAGCAUAAAAGUUGUGUUUGUAGUUAGUGCAAUUCAGUCAAGGAUAAAUUCUGACAGUACGAAUGAUUCUUGAAAGAAUAUUUAUUUUUUAAAAGAUAAAGCAAAAGUGGCAAGUAAAAAAACAAAGUUACAGAAGGAAACCAUACUUUCAACACUUCAUGGGGACUGGAAUUUUUGUUUUCAUUGUUCAAUGAAAUGCCAGUGUGUUUAAUAUGCCAGACUUCUUUUUUUAAUAUGAAAAGGCUAAUCUUCAGAGACACCACAAGCAGAGUUUAAGAAAGAUUAUCCAAUUGGAACAGAGUUAUGAGACACGAAAGUUAUUUUUUUAAAAAUGAAUCUGAAGGGCAGGCGAAAUGGUUUUUGUCAUAUCAUGACCUCAAGUUAAUGUUCUACUGAAGCAUCUUUUAAUAUUAGCAAGAUAUAAGCUAAGAAGCAAAAACAAUAUUCAAAUGGUGAAACUGUUGAAAUUUGAUUAAACAAAAAUGAAUAUAUAUAUUUUCAGCUUUUUCGCCAGACUGUAGCAAGACAUUUUGAAACUAAUUCGAGGAUAUGUUUGCGUAGUUGCUUCGUGAUUUGAAAAAUGCUGCCGGUUUUAGUCUUGCAUUUAGAGAAUCACUGGGAAUUAAUUACAUAGUCCAAUUUAUUGUUUGGGUUAAAUUUGACAUGGAACAAGGAUUUAAGGAAGAAUUAUUGGCACUGCCUCCUUUGAAAAAUACACCUUGUGGAGAGUAUGUAUAUGAGGCACUUAAGGAAUUUCUAUUAAAGAAUAGUAUUGAUUUGAAGAAGCUUAUUUCAGUUACAACAGAUGAUGCUCCUGCAGUGGUGGGAAGGAGAGUUAGCCUAAUUGGUUUGUUGAUGGCUAUGAUUUUCCAGACAUUAAAGUGUAUCGUAUAAUUCACCAGCCGAAAAAUGAUACACUUCAAAAUUUUAUGGAUAAUGUAGUGAAAUUGUAAAUUUCAUUCCAGCUAAUCCAUUAAAUAACCGGCAGUUUAAGACUUUGUUAAAAGAAUAUGAAAAAACAUAAAAAUGCUUCACCAUCUGAAUUCUGGAUGGCCUAUGUUUCUUCAGAUGAAUUUCAACAACUAUAGAAAUGUUGUAAAAAGAUAUUGAUGAUUUUUGGAAGGACAUCUGUGAAGGUGGAUUCUUUGUAAUGACCAACAUCUAGUCCAAAAAACGAAAUGCUUUGACUGACAAACAUUUAGGAAACCUAAUAUGGCCAGCAAUUACUGAAUACAGAUGCAAAUUAAAUAGAUUGCAAGUUCAUGUCAAAGCCAAAUAUCUCAUUAAAUAUGUUCUACAGUUUUUAUUAGUUAAGGUGACACUGCUAAUAGAUAUAUGAUUCUUUAUGCAUAAGCUAAGUAUUAAUAAAUUGAUUAAUUUUCUAAAAAGUAAAAAAUACAAUUUAUUUUUGAGUUGUCAUGUCCUUCAACAUUUGGCUUCCGAGUUAAAAAUAUUUUAUUUAAUACUUAAGGGCUAUUCGUAAACACAUCACUCUAUUUUGGAAGAUUUUUUUUAAAACACACACACACACACACCCAAGCAACCACAUUUAGACCUCAAUAAACAUUGUCAAAAAGUCACAGCCCCCUCAGGUCAGUUAUGGGACAUCAGUUUUCAAAGAAUAUAUUAUAUCAAGCAAGUCUGCAGACCAUGAAUGUGGUGAACUUCAAAGAGUAGAUUUAAUUUGUGCUAAAAAUCAGCAUGAUUUAGGGGCCAUCCAUAAAUGAUGUCAUAAUAUUUUGACACCUCCAUCCACCACCUCUUCACAAAUUUGUCACAAUUAUACUAUAUUAUAUUAUAUCUUACUAAUUUUUUACUCCCCCUCACCCCCAUAAGCUUGUCAUCAUUUAUGAAUGACACAUUAUUGCUAUUUAAUAGUUAAAAACUACUUUUUUACCCAUUUAGAACUCGGUUAUGUAUAUCUUGUGUAAUACACAAAUAACGUAAUAAAUGUAAGUGUGCUUCAACAAAUCAGAGAAUCAAGUUUUAAAUGCUUUGUGUAUUUUUAUAAUUGAACACACAUAUCCUUUACUAAUUAUUAAUUUAAUUUUUUUUUUUUCAGUUUUCAUUUCGAUAAUCAUAGUAUGGCUAAUGGUUGGCUAUGGUUCUCAGUUUCUCUGCAACUUUAUUGGUUUUAUCUAUCCAGCAUAUGCCUCGUAAGUACUGUUUUUUUACUAUUUUAGUAAGAAAUUGUUAGCAGCCAGUUGCUUAAAGCUGCAAUUAUUGCCAAAAUUGUAUGGAUUUUAUAAAUUUUCAGUUUUUACUUAAAUCUAAAUACAAUUGAGGCAUCACGCUUUCACUUUUAUCAUGUCAAAUGUUUUAUCUUUUUUUUUGUAAGUCUCAUUUUCAUCAGUCGUAGCUAAUUACUUCUAACAUUAUUUUAAUUUUGGCAUGGCAGUUACAGUAAAUUAUUAUCGUAACAUGAUUGCCAUGUUGUCAUAGAGAUCAUAGUUCUCAACAUUCUCAGAUUUUGUGGCAUUAUUUUAUGGUAACUGUCAAAGAGUACACAAACUUAAAUACAAAAAUAGAAUUUGAACAGUUUUUUUUUUCUAGAAUCAAUUAAAGUAUGUGAAUUUAUGCUGAAUUCGUUUAAUAUUUCAAUAGAAAUUUAGCCUUAUCACUGUUACUCUACUGAUUUAAAAAUAGUUUACUUUUAAUACUCUCAUGGAUUUUCUUGUAGUGUCAAAGCCAUUGAAAGUCAUGAUAAGGAAGAUGACACAAAAUGGCUGACUUACUGGGUGGUCUACAGUGUAUUCAGCCUUGUUGAGUUUUUUUCUGAUAUCUUUCUGUUUUGGAUCCCUUUCUACUGGCUUUUGAAGGUAAAAAUUGAAAAAAUAAUUUGUAGAAAACUCUAGAAUUAAAUUUAAAAAAGCAUACCACAAAGUUUUGAGACUAAACAAGUGAUAUUAAAAAAUUGUUGACACAUGAAUUAACCAGAUUAAGUUGGUACUUGUACCCGAUUUAUCAAUAUUACAUUUUUUUAAAAUUUUUCUUUCAAAGGAUGCUAACUUUAGUUGUUUUUUAUUACUGGUUUGGUUUUUAACUUAACCAAUUAUCUUUGAGUGAGGAUGACGGGAUGAGACCUACACUUUUGCAUAAAUGACCACAUCGAUUUGUACAGAAUACACUGCACCUAAUUUUCACUAUGGAACAACCUCUACCUGUUUAAAUACUGAAAGAUGGUGUAUAAAUCGUUUUGUGACACACUGAUCAUUUUCAAAGGACAUAAUGGAAAUAUUUUUAAGAUCCUCAAUUUCUUUUGAUUGAGAAAAUUGGAAUAAAAGCUUACACUGUACUUAAAAAAUGUAAUAAAUUAUUUAUCUAUAAGGACACAAUUUAAUUAUAAAAUAUACUAUAUUGUAAACUUAGGUACUAAUAAAUGUUUCACUCUAUUUCAUUACACCUUUUUCUUUGAUUUGCAGUGCAUCUUCCUAGUUUGGUGCUUUAUGCCAGUUCCUUGGAAUGGUUCCCAUACACUGUACUAUCGUUUCAUCCGACCCUUCAUUUUGCGCCACCAGGAUCGCAUUGACACUGCUCUUGACAAAGCUAAAGAAGCUGUCAAUGAAGGUAGAGUUUCAAAUAUUUUAAUCAAAAUUUUUGUUAUUUGUCAUUUUUAAAGAAAUUAAUUACUGAAUUUGUCUGCCAUGAAAUAAGUCUGUCAUGUUUUGCAAUUUUGUUGUGACAAUGCAAGAUAAAUAUUGAUUAAUCCUCAGACUUAUAACACUAAUUUGAAACUUGUGUGUGGGUUUCAACUAUCAUUUGAUGUCUUGAUAAUUUGAAAAUCACUUUUAAUUCAACUUUUAGAAACAUUAAAAAAAAUUACACAGCAUAAAAUUUAUUAGAGUUGAAGUGAUUUAAGAGAAGUGAUAGUAUGAACAUUUAAAUUUUAAAAUGAGACCAUGCUAAAAGCUAUGUGUCUUUUUAUUAUUUUAAAUACAGAUACUAAGGUAUAAUUGUGGAUCUUGAUGAAUACUAUUGGAGUGUUAAACUCAGUUUCUUUCUAAUAGAACAUUGAACUCCUAAUUUUAAAAGUGAUUUGACCAAAAAAACUUUUCUAAUGUUAAAGACUUAAGGGGCAUAUUUUGGACUUCAAUGAUUUAUUAUGUCCUCCAUUAUCCUCUGCUAAAACUUCUAUUAACACCAGUGUCUGUUGUAAAUGGACUUUUUGCAUAUUGUUUGUUUUAAUUUUCCUAUAGUCAGCCAGCAGCUUUUUCUGUGGUUUUAUUAGCUUUAAUUAAGUUUUUUAGUUUCAAUUGUCUUUGACUUAUUUGCUUUUUCAACACUUUCUAUUUGUUUUUUUGGGAAAUUUCUCACAAUAAAAAAGGGAAAAUUGGUGAAUAAAUUAUCAAAAUAUGAUGUAAACAAUUUACAAUCUCUAUUGGAUUUCAUUUAAAUGUUAUUGAAUUUCAUAAUACAUUUUAUGGAAUAAAUAUGCAUUAAUUUUUUUUUUAAUAUGAUAAAUAUCAAUUAAACAAAAAAAUUCUGUUUCCAUUCCCAACUAGGCUUGCUUUAAAAGUAAACUUCUAAGAAUGAACAAAAUAGCUUAUUUGUUGUUAAAAUCAGGAGUCUGCAAACGUAAUUGUGUUGAUAAUAAAUGGCCAUUCUUAGAAUCAGGUGGUAAAAAGUAAGUUUCAGUUUUGCAUGAGACAAAACAAAGGCAGGGACAGGCCUGUUUGGUUGACGUGCUUUUUACCUCAAAAGUAACUGACCUCACACAUUUUCUUGUAUUUGUAUUUUUUAAUCAUUUUCUUGUUUCAAGUAUUGAUGGGUUCUAAUGAGACAUUCAAUUUCUGUUUAAAGAGAGGGGUGGAUUACAUAUGAAUAUUAAUGUACUGAAUUGCAUCUUAGCAGAGCCCAUAUGUUAUGUGCAAAUAUAAAGGACAUAAAAAAUUGGCCCCUGGUUUAAAAUAUCAUUGAAAUGUCAUAGGGAAGAAAGAUUGGGGUGUUGUUCUGGUUGUAAAUUUUCAACAACAAAAAAUUAAAUUAUAAAUUAAGAUAUUAAUAGUAGGCUACUUGCCAUUUUAUUACAAUGCAUGUGCUUUAAAUAUUAGGAAUGGUUUGGUGACAAGGAGUAUGGGUGUUGACAUACCACACUACGCCACUAAAUAAUUAUGUGAUAAAGAGCACUGAGAUUUUCAGCUUUGGGGUCUCUUUCAUCAAGAUUUAUCAAACAUGGUUUUGUUUCACAAAGUAUAAAUCAAAGUUCAAAAUCUUUAUCAGUUUAUGUUAUUAUUAUUUAAUAAUUAUUAGUCUACUGUGUUUUAUAUCUCAUUUAGUUUUAAAACCUAAAAACCAUUAAGGCAAGUAUCAACCAUAAAGUAUUACAUUGACACAGAAGUGUCUAUUUUUCUACUUUAUAGAUACGUAUUAAAAACAUAAUACAUGAGUAAAAGCUAAUAUAUGGACUGUAAAUUAUUGUCCUAUAAGAAUGAGAAAAUAAACUUGUUCCCAAGUAUAUAAGUGGAUUCCAUUUUUAUUGAUUAUCAUGUUUUAUUAAUUCUUUAUUAUAAAGUUAUCAUUUAUUUAGUUAAAAAGCACAAUGAAAAAAACUAGUAAUUUGCACAAAGGAAAAUAUUUUCUUCCAUCUUUAAAUUUAAUGAUGUUGGACAUUCAGAAUGUACUACACUAUGUGGUCUUGUCUGUUUGGGGAUGAAUAAAAUAGAUGCAUUAAUUUAGUGUAGAAGUAGGGUAGCUUUUCUGCAAGAAUUAGAUUUCAUAUCCUUAGUUAAUCCUCUGUUUAGCAGUUUGCUUAAGUUCAAACAAGCUAUUACUUCUCAUCUAUAUUUACAAUUUUGUUGAAUUCUUCCAAAACAUAUCAUGAGAAUCUACAUUUACCUUGUAGAAUUGGAUAUUUGUGCUAAGUCUCUGUAAUUUUGGAUUUACUUUUCUUGCAAACUGGUGUUAUUUUCAGUAUUAGUUGUAUUUUAAUAUAUAUCUUCAAGUGUGAGUGCUUUCAAAUCAAGCUGAGCAGAGUGGUUUUAAAAUGUCUUGAGACUUAUGUCUCUCUAACAAUCUAUCUGCUACCCAGGAUUAAGCAGAAUCCACUCUAUAUAUUUAUAACAAGUUUAUAAUCAUGCAGUGUUAACUUUAAAAAAAAAAAUUAUAUCCUUUUCAAAAUCAGUCUUUAUCUAAUUUUCUUGCCUAAUAUGCAACAUGUUAUGCUUAAACUAAUUUUAUAUUUAUAAUGGAAUAAUUUUUCAAUCAACCCUCCAAAAUAUUUGACUUUAUUUUAAAAUUUUUAAAAGAACACGCUAAAACAGUCAUUAAAUCUUUAUAUUGUAUUCUAUGGAGCGCUUCCAUUUUUCAGCUUAUUUCUUUCUAGCUUCUAAUCGUUUAUCUAUUAAGACCAUGUUGUCCAUCUUUUACUUAGUUUUUAGCCUUGCAUUAAAAGGUCAGUCCACUAAGGGCUCAGUAAGCGAGGGAUUCAACAAAUAUACCAAGCAUGGUAAGCUCUUGUUCAAGGUUAACAUGGAAGAAAAUUUAAAUUUUUGACUGCAUGCAGAAAAUUAUUGUUUACAUUUUCCUCUAUAUGUGCUACCACAGGAUCAGACUAAGUUCUAACUUACAAACCAAAACAAAAGCAACAACUUUAUUGUCAAAACAUUUUCCAUCAAUAUUUCAAUAAACAACAAAAAACUGCUCUCCCUAGUUGUGUAGAACUAAAAAAAACUACCUAUGUGCACUGCAAUUGAAGUACUUGGAUAUUAAGAAUGUCUGGUCCUUUCAGCAUUAUUAACAUCUUUCUGGGUUAGAAUUCUUUUUUUUUUUGUUUUUGUUUUUUUGGUUGAAUUUUUUUUAAAACUUAUGGGGCAGUUGUGUGAACAUUUUUAAAAAGUUAUGAAACUAUAACUAAAACCUUUUUACCCAAGCUGCAGUCUACUCAAAACAGUGUUAGCCUUCUAGUUAGGAUUUUUAAACUUAAAUCUGUACUUUUAUCAAGAAUCAUUAUAAUUAUAAUAAUAAUGAAAUUCAUUGCAAUUUCAUGAAAUUCAUUGCAAUUUCAUGAAAUUCAUUGCAAUUUCAUAAAUGAGUUUGUUUUGUUUCCUAGCCAUAACCAACGUUUAAUAAGUGGUGUUAUAAUUGAAUUGAACUUCAAUUAACAAGAGUGACAACAUUUUAAAAAAAAAGGUCACAAAAGUUCUAGCAUGGGUGGUUCAGACCUGUUUACUCUCAAACUCCUAAAAUCGUACAAUAUCGUCUCAAAAUCAUACAAUACUUUAUCUUAAUAGUAAAUGAAUAAAACUUCAGUAUAUAUAAUGUAUGCAGUAACUACUGACAUAAUCUUGUCUAGUGGGGAUUGAGUUAAGCUGAUGACAAAAAAGGUAACUUCUAAAAGUGGAUGACUGGCGCUUAUAUUGCAAUCUGCUGUCACUUUGAUUUGCAGAUGUUUAUCUGCUAUAAAUAUCAAUAUUUAGGUGAACAUUAUCACACUCUGUCACUGGUUAAAAAUAAAGUUACUUUUGAAAUUUAAUGUGGUUCAAACGCGAAGUCAGGUCAGCAAAAAAUUAAAUUAAUUAAAAUAAGAAUUAACUGACAAAUUAGUGUGUCAUUUUAAUUUUAAGUGAACCUACCAAGUAACUUGUGAUUUAUUUUUAGGAAAAGCUAUUUAAAAAUAAGAAUGGAUAUCCAUUAUGCCUAUUUCCAGUUAACAUAUUACAGUCUGAUAACUAGCACAAGCUUUAAAUGGGUGAAAGGAAGAAGGGGUAUUAAAAAUUGUACACUGAAGCACUAAAGCAAACAAAAUUGAGGAGGAGGGGAUGUGUAUAGUAUGUACACAAAUGUUCUACUCCCCUCCCCCCAGUAACCCACUAAAGUAACUAUUUUUGCAGUUACUAUUGGGGACUUUGUGAUUUACAUUUGUUUUAUAUAUGGAUAAUUUAUACUAAACAUGGUGUGAUAUUUUUACAGCAUGCAAGGUAAAAAUAUGCUAUUAUUUUACUUUCAGGAUGAAUAUUGUACAAUUUUUGAAUACCAUACUGUACUUUCUGCCGAGACCCCCACCCUCGGCCAUACGCACGCGUAGGCAAAAAAUCUAAAAAAAUUGGCAACCCCCCUUCCCACCUCACUGUAGUUGGUACUAUAUGAAUUGCCACGAAUUAACUAAAAUUGUCAAUAUUGCUAAUAUUACUGUUGCCAUGUCUAGUGAGUUCAUUAUGAAAACAUAAAGCAACAAUGUGACCAUUACCACUAUAAUUACGAAAAUGCGGCGGUGUUAAUUUUCAAGGACCCCCCACAAUCCUCACACAAAAUUUCCUAAAUCAAAAUCACUCCAUUCCCCUCUGAGCGCAAAUUUAAUUUAAUUAUUUUUAUAGAUGGUCCCCAACCAAUCAUAUUUCUCGAGCCAUUCAAGCUGGACAUGGAAUGCAAAACAAGUUAAAACUAACAACCGAUAAUGUACUUUUGAUUAUUAAAUUUUUUUUAUUUGGUGGAAAAAAGCCUACUGGAAUGUAUAUAUUUUCAACCCGGUCUCUUAAAAUCGUGGUUCUGUCAGAUCUUGGUGUACAAUCGUAAAAGGCAUCUUGGGAUUAUGUUCAUUUUUGGCAUAUACACACAUUUGAAAUGUAUAUAUGUGCAUCAUCUUUUGUGAUGGUAUGCACUCAUUUGGUUUUCCACUUUUGGUCGAGUGACUGCAGCGGGCAUCCUAAAUUCCACCCUACCGCUUCUUCUUUUAUUAAGUUAUAUCAAAGUGUCAAAUGACAGGCACCUUUUUACUUUCAAUAGAGCACUGUAUGUAGAUAUAUAACCGUCGGUAAUCUAAUUUAAGUAGUGGCCUUUAACAUGCUUUGCACUGUAUGUUAAUUUAUUUACUGUUACAAUAUGGCAUUGGGUGAUUUUGAGAUAGUGAUUACUAUUCUGAGACCAUAUUGUACUAUUUUGGGAGUUCCAUUGUAACCAGGUUUGUAUUCUUAGGUAAAAUACAUUUUAUCGCUUGCACUCAUCUCAGUAUUUAAUCAGGACUAUCCAACCAACAUCUUAAGGUUAAAAAUAGGGGACUCAUAGUGAUAAGCCAGUCUUUUCUAACAGGUGGCUAACAAAAAAAUGAUUUAUGUCCCAACACCUGUCUCUGGGAAAUUUAUUAAGGUGCGUUCUCUAGUAAACAUAUGAGUUUCUUUCACUUAAAGACUCUUCCAAGAAGUUCACUUGGUUGAGUUUAUGGAACCUGGGGUAAAGGCAAAUUGAAAUGAAAUUUGUUUAAGAUUAAGUUAAAUGUAUUAGCCUCAUACAUAUUCUUUUCACCGAGCUAUUUGCAAAACUUUGACAAAAAUAUUUUGUUAUUAUGAAUUAAGGGUUUAAUUUUUUUUCAGAAUAGGGAAAAGUAUUUAUUUUUUGUUAUAAACUUUUAUCAAUUUGUCAUUUGCAAUAGCAUUUCAGUGCAAACCUUUGCUUUGGUAAACCUUUUCCCCACUUUCUUGUACAUGGUAACUUUUAACCCAUUUAACCUUUACUGCAGUCCAACCAUCUCCUUAAUUCUUUUUAUCAGUACCCAAGAAAUUUUCAGAUUUCUAUAGUUGAAUUUUCAAAAUCAAGGUGCUUUGCAGAUCAUUGUUUUUACUUAAAUGACUUGCUAAUAUGUUUUCUUUACCCAAUGCAAAUCUUUGAUGAUACCUGAUGUGUAAUAUAACUAAUAUUGCCCCAACUACUCAAUUGUCUUUUUUUUUUUUUAACCCUUUUUAUUUAAAAGGGAUAUUUAAUAAUUAUUCACAGUUAAAUGUUCUUGACAAUAAUUUAUUUAAAUGGAGUCAGAAAACUGGUGUUAAUAGUGUCAACAUUAGUUAUAUAAGUCUGAUUAAAAUUUAAUUUAAGAUAAUAUUCUGCCAAUUUAUUGUUAAUAUUUUAGGAGUUAAUAUAAAUUUAAAAUAUUAGGAAUUUUGAAUUAUUUAAAAAAAAAAAAUGAAUGUCACUGUCAAUAAAUCUGAGGUAAUUUGAUAAAUUCUAUAAUUGCUCAAAUUUUUUCUUAUUUGUCCCUUUAACUCUCAAUUAUCCAACUUUUAUACUUCGUUCAUUAAAAAAAAAUAUUUUUAAUUACAAAUUUUUAAUUUAAAAAAUUAUUUCAUCUGAAAAAUCUGUUAUUUGCUGAGAGUUUAAGUUGCCUGCAAUUAUUUUUUUGUGUUUGCUGAUAUAAGAAAAAUAAAAAAUAAAUUUUUUGUCAAAUGCUUAUUAAAAUGUAUAGUUUUAUACUGUAUUUUAUAUAUUUGCUGAAAGUAAUUAGUGAUUUACAUAUGUUUUAUAUAUGGAUACUUUAUACUAAUAAAAGUAAUGAUAUUUGUUCAUGACAUUUGCAGAGUUUAUUGCAAUAUUUUUUACUCUAUUUAAAUUGUUGAAAAAUAAUAAGAAUUUUCUGUUAACAUUUAUGUUUCAUCCUUCAUGGGAUAAAAUUCCCAUAAGGACAUUCACAUUUUAAGAAUUGAUUGUAUUAGAAAAAUUAGAAACCAGUUUCAUCAUAAGAUCUGAUAAGAUGCAUAGAUUAUUCAUUAUGUCAGCUUUAAGCAAUGGAGAUGAAAUAUCUUCAGUUACUUCACAUUAUUGUGAAAUGUCUAAUAUCAUCUCAUGCUUUGAAACCAUCAUUUAUUUCAAAUAUUAUUAAAUGCAACUAAAUAACCACAAAGCUUUGUGAAACCUGAACUUUAUUUAAAUUGUAUCUUUUCAGCCAAAGAUUUGGCAGAAGAAGUGGCUGCAGAUGAACUCAUUCGCCGUGCGACCAGCAGCUCUAAGACUGAUUGAACUGCUCUUAAUAAUUACCACUUCAAAUAAAAUCGGGCCAAUGCCUCUUUGUGCUUUUGUGACUUAACUUGUUUUUGAACAAGUUCAGCACAGUUGCUGACUUAAAUGAAAUAAGUUUGUUGACAAAGCUUAGUCAUUAAAAGCUCAUGCAUUUUGACCCUUCAGUUUCUUUUAUUUUUAUGUAUUAUUGGAAAGUCCACCUGCCACCUAUCCCAAAAAUUUAUUUUGGUUAAAAUAAUUAUAUUUAUAUGUGUGUGUCUGUUUUCCCACCACUAAUACUUUAAAUUACCAUAAUGGGAAGUACUUUGGAAAGUCUAAAUGCCUGUAUCAUUUGAUCCCAAGAAAGAGAGAUCCCACAAUUCUGAUAUUACUUAGCUAGUUAAUGAAAUAGUUUAUCAUUCAUCCAUUAAAAUUAAUUUGCAUUUAUCCGAUACAAAACAUUAAUUCUGAGUCAAUAAAGUCAAUUGUCUGCUACUCUGGAAUAUUGAUAAAUCCUGCAAUAUGUUUGUGUUGUCAAAAAUUUUGAGUUGACGCGUCAAUAGUUCUAGUAGUUUGGCGUUCUAUUUGUAAAGCGUUGCAAUAAUCAAUGAAAGGAAUAAAAUUGCUCAAGUGUGACAAAUAAUGCCGUUUAAUCAUUUUAGGAACAAAAAAUGAAUUAUAUUUGUAAAACUCUGCUGAUAGGAUGUAAACUAAAUGUUCCUCUUCCUUCUUGUUUUAUUUUUGUCAUUUGCUCACACAUUUAAUUAAACAAUAUAUUUAUCAUACUUUUUAAAGAAAUACAUUUAAUAAUCAGGUUUUAUGAUGUUUUUUAUCUUUACUUUCAAUAAUAUAUUUAAACAGCUUUCUUAAAAUCUUGCAUAAAAUUAGUAACUAGUUACUUCUGUCCACCUCUUAUAUAAAAAAAACCUUUUUUUAUCGAGUUAAAACUUUCCAAAAACUAUCUAAGUUCAGACUUAAACUUUAUGAUGCAAUUCAACAAUGAAAAGGUGCUUAGCAUAUAAAUUUGUUUAAAUUUGUAAAUAUGCAUAAUGUUUCUAACUAAUGUAACAGUUUUUGAAAGUUCAUUGAUCUCUGGCUUUGUAUGUUUGUUUAACAAUUCUUUCAUGACAAUAUUCUAGUCCUUUAAAUUUUCUGUAUAUAUUACACGAAUGGCAAACAGUUGUAACUCUUUCUGAUAGAUCUGUGGUUUUAAACUCAUAUUUUUUUUUUAUCUUAUAACCAACUAAAACUAAAAUUCUAUGACACAUCAUUCAAGUCAAUGUUAAGACAAAAAUUUGUCUGUUUCAUUUUUAUGGGCCUGUUAAAGUAGAUGGAACAUAUUUAUUAUUUUUAUUAGUUGAAUGCCAAUUCUGGUUGAAAACCGCUCUCCUGGAUCUUGUGUGGAAGUGAUAAUCUCUGAACACUAAUCAUUAUCAAUUAUUCACUGUCUCAUUUAAUUUUUGAAAAAAAAAAAAUUUGCUAAAUAAAAAAAACCAUGAUGAACUCUAAAUUUCAAUUUUAUUUUUAUAAAAACUUAUCAAACAAUUUUUGCUACUGCUUUUAACAUAGCCCUUAAAUUUAAUGAAUGAUAUUUAUUUUUCGAAAUUGACAACCAGGUUAGGCAGGAUAAACCAACACAUUCAUGUAAUUGCAAACAAGUUUUGUAAAACCUUUUCCUUUUAAACUAUUUUACCCAGUGUCACUGUGCAAUACAGAUUGUUACUUGGUUUGUUUAAAUAUAUCUCUUGACAUACUGGUUUCUUGCUGUACUAUCCCUUUACGAUGUUUAUAUGGUAAAAUUUAUAUGGUGUAUCGACAUGCUUGUUACUCAUCCAAACCAUAAUUUGUGAUUUUACUCAUUCACCUUUAUUUUCAUCAUUUUGGUGUUGGUCAAUUUUAUUUGUAAUAUUUAUUUUCAUCACCAUAACUCUUUUGUUUACAUCAAGAUAAAUUUCUGUGCACUUUUCCCAAAGAUCUUUCCCCCCCCCCCCCCCCCCCCCCCCCCCCCCCCCCCCAUCCACUCCCCGCCCACCUCAUUUUGCUAUAAGGAGAGUCAACAAUGAAAUCAAAAGCAUAUGAGUUUGUGAGUGGCAAAUACUGUAAUAAUUUUUAAAAGAUAACCAGUUUAGCAUUAUUCACAUAAAAUUUUAGCUGAACCUUAUUAAAAUUAUUGUUAGAUUUUCCUAUCAUGGUAUAAGUUGUAAUGACAUUUAUCAUUAUAAAAUUAAAUCAUGAAGCAUAGAUCAGAUGCGCUGGGUUUUGUUUUCCAUUAAGUUAUUUAAAAAUUCAGAAUAUCUAAUAAUUAUAUUUGCUUGUUCAUGCUGGUUUUUUUGAUAUUUGUACUUUGUCUCAACUUUUCGUAAACCACAAUGAAUAUUCAGAAAACUAAAGCCAGUGUGCUAAUAAAAUAUUGGUUGUGUAGUGCUUUUCAAUUCACAUAUGCUUUUAGAGUAAAUUCAUUCAAAAAUCCAUGCUAUUAUUUAUAGGUUAAAACCUGCUUGUUCCUGUUUAUCCCUCACAAAUAUACUUCAUGUUACUUAUUACUAGGGACACAAUAGAAUUAAUUAUACAAUAAAUGUAUUGCUUUAUCACCUUGUACCAACAAAUAUCUUUCCCUCUUCGGUUAUUUAAUAAUAAAUAUUCCUUAAUGUUAUGCAUUCUCAGGAUGUUUAUUUUAUUUUUAAAAAGAUUGUUACUUGUAUUUUAUUUACUAGAAAACACUUGCAUUUUUUUAUGCUUUUUUUUUUUGCAAUCUUUUAAUUUUAACCUGAAAAACUAAGGCUUUUGAAAUUGUAG